AUGCUUCUAAAAAAUAAGCAAUCUCCUUAACACUUUGACAUUCAAAAAUCAAUUUUAUCUACUGAUUCUUAAUUUUGGGUAUCAAAUGUUAAUUUUUAAUCAAUAUCUACAUCUUUUUUAACUGUAAAAAGCAAGGAAAUAAUGAAGGAGAAAAAUAUUUAAAUUGGAGUAUAGCAUAUUAGAUAUUCUAAAAAUGUAGAUUUUAUGUUCUAUUUAGAAAUUUAUAUGCUUUACAAAUGCAUUUUUAACGAUUCUAAGGAAUAAGAAAUAGGAAAUAAUAGGAAUAUAAUUGCAAAAAAUAGAAAACAAAAUUGAGGUUUAUGGACAAAUAUAAAAUUGGAUUGGUAUAUUAAUGAAAGAAUGUAUCUCAUUAGACUUUAUUUCUAACUAUAAUAUUGUUUAAUUAAUUGGUAGUGGAUCUACAGCUAAUGUAAUAACUAUUUUUAGUUUAAGGUUUAUUAAGUUCGAUCUAAAAUAGAUGGUUUAGAUUGUGCAAUAAAAGUGUUUGAUAAAGAAUAAUUUGAUUAGGAUUAUUCUAUAAAACAAUCCAUCUUAUUUGAAAUAUAAUAUUUAAAACUAUUAAGUCAUCCAAAUAUCGUUAAAUAUUUAGGGGUAUAUGAGUCAAAUACAUAAAUUAUAAUAAUCUUAGAGUAUUUGGCAGGAGGAGAUCUCAAAAGUAAUUUAGAAGACAAACAGAUUGGUGAAGAUUAAAUUAAAAUUAUCAUGAAAUCUAUUUUAGGUGGUAUUGAAUAAAUGCAUAAACUUGGUAUAUUUCAUAGAGAUAUUAAAAAAUGCAACAUAAUGCUUAGAAAUUAAAAUAGUUAUGAUUCAAUAUGUCUAAUUGAUUUUGGUUUAGCUGAAAAAGCAAAUCAGGAAAAUAACUAUUUAUUUAAAUAUUGUGGCACUCCUGGUUGUGUUGCUCCUGAAAUCUUAAGAAAAUAAAAAUAUGGAUUAAAAGUGGACAUCUAUAGUGUAGGCAUUUUAUGCUAUUAAUUGAUGUUUCAAAAAGAUCCUUUUAAAUCAAAUACAACUAAAGAAAUAAUAGUAAAGAAUUUCUUAGGGAAUAUUGAUCUACCAAUGACAACAUCCAUAUCAAAAAAUGGAAUUAAUUUCUUAAUAGGAUUACUUUAAAUAGAUCCAAAAAUUAGAUUUUCAGCAACUUAGGCUUUGAACCACUCUUUUCUAUAGGAUAAAAUUACACUUAGUCGUAAUAACAAUGUUUCUUAUAAAAAAAAGGAAUCCAUAAAAUUAAAGCCUAUAAUUUAUCAUAAUAGUAGGAAUAUAUCUCCUUAUAACAUAUCUAAAACAUCGCCUUGUAAAUUUUAUCUUAAAACUUAAAGGAGUACAAGCUCUAAAUAUGACAAACUUUAAAAUGAAAGCACAAAAAUAGUGUCAAAAUCUUUUUUAUUAAAAAAUUAUUAAAAAAUGAAUACAAAAUGA